UCUUUUUCUUUUUCUCCUUCUCUUUGUCUGUGGGUAGCUGCUCUGCUCAAUCAGUUACCCUAGAACAAAAAAAAAAAAAAAACGAAACCUGCUUUCUUCCUCAGCUCUCUCUCUAUUGCUCAAAACGAUAAUCCCCAGCUGCUUUUUUCUAAAGCGCUUUUUAGAGUCGUCGCCGAGUCAAUCCAAUUGAAUCCGACAAAUUCAAGCUAGGGUUCCAAAGUUUGAACCUUUAAUCCGUUUCAACCUGCCACUAUAGUUUGGAAAGAGCGUGAAGCAUCUCUUAUAGCUCAAAAUGCCUAAGGAAAGAAGGGACCGUUCUGUGUCUCGAGAGAGGUACAGAGCAUCUCCUUAUCCAUGCAGCUCCAGUCAUACAAAGCGUCCCUCACUCAAAAUUCCUUCAGAAACUGCAGAAAAUGUGAAAGAGUGGGAAGAAGCCAGGUGCCCAGUUUGUUUGGAACAUCCACACAAUGCAGUUCUGCUCAUAUGUUCAUCUUUUGAGAAGGGGUGCCGCCCUUACAUGUGUGACACAAGCUACCGCCAUUCAAACUGUCUUGAUCAGUUCUGCAAGUCAUUUUCAGAAGAAAUCUCACCAGAGAUGCCGCCAGAAGAAGACAUUCAGCUUUCAGAUACUCAGCUGCUUCCAUUUGAAACUUCUGAAUCAAUAAUUACUGAUGUGCAAAGUGUUGCAACUGAGGAAGAACCGCCAACCAUGAUUCCCAUAUCUUGUGAACACCAGGAACAGCCCAAGCUUGUGUGCCCUCUCUGCCGUGGGGAGGUGAAAGAUUGGAUUAUUGUGGAGCCUGCUCGUUGUUUCAUGAAUGCAAAAUCAAGAAACUGUUCUUGUGAGACGUGCAGUUUUAGCGGAACGUAUACAGAUCUCAGAAAGCAUGCUAGGCUGGAGCACCCGCAAGCACGGCCAUCAGAGGCUGACCCAGAGCGACAGCGUUCCUGGAGGAGUUUGGAGCGACAGAGGGACAUUGGUGAUCUGCUGAGCACACUCCAAUCUUCUAUGGGAGAGGAUAGGGCUGAUGACAGCAGCUUGGCAGUAGAACAGGAUGGGGGAUGGCUAACUGUAUUCUUCCUAGUUAGAAUCUACCGACCUUCUGGGUCCAGUUCGAGGAGCAGCAGUUGGUCUCCUACCACAAGAACUAGAGCACAAAUUAGUAUGAGGAGGAGGGCUACCAGACUUUGGGGAGAAAGCUACGAGGGUGAAGCUGCGUCGUCUUCAAGAGGAGAAGCCGACAAUGACUCCUCAGAUGGUGGCUCAGCCCCUACUAGGAGGCAGAGUGCGCGUCUCCGGCAAAGGCGACGGACAAGCCCGGACAACAACCAGCCAUGAUUGCAGAAGAAUGUAGAGUCAGGCGAAAUUGUUUUUCAUGCAAGGGUUUGAAAAGUAAGUUUGCUAAAGUUCUGUAGUCAGCAGCUGUCAGUCGCUUGCUGAUGAUUAAAAUUAUGAUUAAAGAAAUGUUGGUGGUUAAGUGCCCGUGGUUUUAGACGCUCGGGUGGAUUAACUGAAAGGAAUGAAACGGAAGCUGGUCUGCUUCUCCCCUCCCCCGAAUCUGCUCCUUCCUAGCGUUGCUGAGAUUUGUUAAAGAAAUGUAAUUUUCUGAAAAACUUGAUUCUAUAUAUUUGUUUUCUCAAA